AUAUAUGUUUUUACAAAUUCAGAGUCCUCUAUUCUCAAUCAAAAUGAAUAUGUCCUGCAUUAUUCUUCCUUGUAGGCCACUUUCAAGGGCUGGAUGGACAUCAUGUAUGCAGCUGUUGACUCCCGUGAGCAAGAGGAACAGCCUCAGUAUGAAGUGAAUCUCUACAUGUAUAUCUAUUUUGUCAUAUUUAUUAUCUUUGGGGCAUUCUUCACUCUCAAUCUCUUUAUUGGUGUAAUAAUUGACAAUUUCAACCAGCAAAAGAAAAAGUUUGGAGGCAAAGAUAUCUUCAUGACAGAGGAACAAAAAAAAAACUACAAUGCCAUGAAGAAACUAGGUUCAAAAAAACCAGUGAAGCCCAUCCCAAGGCCCCAGAACAAGUAUCAAGGGAUGAUCUUUGACUUUGUGACUCAGCAAGCUUUUGAUAUAAUCAUCAUGAUCCUAAUUUGUCUUAACAUGGUAACAAUGAUGGUGGAUGUUAG